AUGAUGAAUUAUAAGGUCGCUGUUGUAUUUGCGCAUUGAGAUUUUCCUUGUUUUCUUUGAUUUCAGGAAAAAAUGAGUUUGAACAUCAAAGUCGAGUUCUCUGGUGGUUCCGAAUUUCUAGUCGACGGGAAGAAGGUUCAUCAAAUGACAUUUAAUGAAGGUUUGUAUAUAAAUAUAUAAAUUUCGCGAUUUAGUCAAAUUUUUCUCGUUUUGGCCACCUCUGUCACGUUCAAACGAACUGAAAUUUUGACUCAAAAGUUUUUUCAGGUUCCUUGCUGCGGGACGUCCUGAAAGAAGUGGCGGAGAAGCUGGUGACGGACAAGGCGCGGAUGAAUCUUUUGUUCAACGCCGACGUGACAGAAGUAGCCAACGGCGUGAUAACGUUGAUCAACGACUGCGACACGGCCCUCCUUUCCGAGUACGACACUCCGUUGGAGGACGGCGAUACGGUCACUUUUGUCUCCACGCUUCAUGGCGGCUGA